AUCACCGUCCAGGAACUACUGUUCUAUAUUACUCUAGUUUGUCUCGGCCUAACAACAAUCAGCUCCUUUGUGCUAAUUUUGCGGCACGCGGCUCACUAUACCAAGCCAAAAGAGCAACGACAGCAGAUUCGCAUAGCCGUGUUGCCCAUUAUAUACGGCAUUAUUUCACUCUUGUCUAUCCGCCUUUAUCAAGACUCUAUAUACCUCAAGCCAUUAACUCAGGUGUACGAGGCGUUUUGCGUCACGGCAUUGUUUUCAUUAUUCAUUGAAUACUUAUGUCCCGAAGAGGACCUCAGAUUCGCAUAUUUCCAAAACCUGAGGAUUGAAGAUAAGAAGGGAAAUACGUUGCCAAAUGGAGGCAUCAGGUGGAUCAAUGUUGGCUCAACCCGUAAAACAUGGAUAAUGGUUUUCCAAUUCCCUGUCACAAAGACACUAUCUGCCGCUGUAGAAAUUGCGACGCAGGCCGAAGGAGUGUAUUGCAUCAAUUCUCUGAGUCCAAAAUAUGCACACUUAUGGCUUCUCUUGAUUGACAUCUUCAUCAUCGGCGGCGCUCUCAGUGCAGUGUUCAAACUAUAUAGGCGAUGCAGAAGCGACUUCAAAAGGACAAAUCGUGCUUUUGGAAAACUGAUCACCUUCAAGGGGAUUGUCCUUCUGCAAUUCCUACAACAGAUUUUGUUUGGAUUCUUAAAUGGGCAGCUAUUCCACGCCAACAACACCCUGACAUAUAACGAUAUAUACUACGGCAUUCCAAUGAUACUUACAGCCCUUGAGGCCCUCAUUUUUUCAGUGAUAUUCCAUUGGUCUUAUUCGAAUAGAGACUACUUG